GUCAUUUUUUCCGGAUCGCUAAAAAUGAGUAUGAGGAGUUGCACAUUUACGUGGAAGCUUCAGCGACCCCGCCACAAACUUUGACGUUCCACGGAACUCCCAGAGAGGAAGGCCCAUCAUCCGUAUAUGGUCGGAGGAACAACUGCCAAACGUUUCAGAACUACGAAUCUCCUGUCACAAACUUGGGUGAAGAGUCGGACGACCCAGACUAUGAACAAGGUUUUAGUAGUGAUGUCGAUUCAUCCACGAGCGAUGAUAGUGACGACGUAGUAGACACCACCUGGGCUAAUGUGGAGCUAGAAGAACCAUAUGUUCAAGCAUUAGAUUCUGAGCCUGAAAGGAUCGAAGUAGGCGCAGUUUACUGUUCAUAUGAUGCACUGAAAGAAGCGGUGGCGAGAGAAAACAUUCGUCAAUUUCGUCAAUUCAGAACGGUUGACAAAAGGCCACGGUCCUGGAAGGCGGUUUGCAUAGACCCGACCCUUUGCACUUGGCAUAUCCAAGCAGGAGAAAGUAUGACGUCAAAAAAGUGGAAAGUAAAAAAUAUCAACCCCAUCACAGUUGUAGGGAGGAUCCUGUCAUGGCUCGGGAUGACAGGCUCCUAACGGCCAAAAUUAUAGCCAGUGAAAUCGCUCCAAAAGUGAAAGUCGACCCGGACUACAGCAUUAAACUGAUAAUGUCAGACAUAUAUGAAAAAUUUAAUAUCCGUGUUUCAUAUAAAAAAGCUUGGAAUGGACGCUUGAUCGCUCUGGAGCGUAAAUUCGGCAAUUGGGAGGCAUCAUAUAAUGAACUUCCUAUGUUGUUGGAAUCUAUACAGUUUUCAAAUCCGGGGACUGUUGUUCAUUUGCAAUCACAACAGGCCG